GAAACAAAGCUCUACACAUCCUCUCUUUUUAUUCUAAGUGUGUUCAUCUUUUUAUCAAUUAUUUUCAGUAUUUUGGCUAUUUCAUGAGCCUUAAAUUCCUGAAUUUUAUACACACACUUUGAGCUUGUGUUUCUAGUUAUAUACUCUCAUAUUCAUAAGUUUGUAUUGUCUAUCAUCGGAGGACAAGAGAAAAUUGUCCAUGAACGCUAAGGCGAUGAAUAUCCUUCAUUGCUCCCUUGGACCCGAUGAGUUUGCACGUGUGUGCUCGUGCAAAACGGCCAAGAAGGUAUGGGAUUUGCUUCAAGCCACGCAUGAAGGCGACACCUCCACGAAGCAAACCAUGAUUGCCCUAGGAAACUCGGAGUACGAAUCCUUCAAGAAAGGGCCAUGUGAGACAAUCCAAGAUAUGAACAAAAGAUUCAACGAGAUUGUCAACAAAUUGAGUAAGUUGGGUAAGACAUAUACUACUUCCGAGCUUAAUACGAAAAUUCUAUUUUCUUUACCUAAAGAAUGGCAUAGUAGUAUAGUAGAUUUAUUACCCAAAUGUGAUAAGGCCGAAACAGCCCACAUUUGGUCUUCCUUGUAUUCUCAUGAACUUUUGUUGAGAAAGAUCAAAGAGGAAGAAAUGCGUGAAAAUCCCAAACUUACCAACGCCUUCAAAGCUUCAAAAGACUCGUCUAGUGAAGAGUCUAGUGAAUCAAGUGAUGAUUCAAGUGACUCAAGCUCUUCGAAAGAGUCAAACGAUGAAGAAGACAAAGAGAAGGCAAUGAGAAUGAAAUAUACGGAUUUCCUCAAAUGGAAGAAAUAUGUGAAGAGGAAAGAAGUAUAUUCAAAGUCGAAGAAAGAGCGGCAUAAGCCAAGGUAAGUUCUCCUCACUUAUUGGGAUAAGAUAUUUUGUUUGGUUUUAAUAAUUUUCAAAAAUAAAACCUUAUCCCAUACGUGCUUUCAUUUACUUUAGCCUUGGUUUGCAUGAUUAAAUUUUUUUUAAAUUCAUCCUUAAAUAAUGCUUUUUAGAAAAU